AGAGAGAGCAAACCCUGGACUGGUCAAAGCCACGCGCCACUGCAUCCCCGUGUCCAGCGCCUACAUCCUGCCGCCGUCGCCACCAUGCCCAAGAGGAAGGCUGAAGGUGAUGCUAAAGGAGAUAAAACCAAGGUGAAGGAUGAACCACAGAGAAGAUCUGCAAGGUUAUCUGCUAAACCUGCUCCUCCAAAGCCAGAGCCCAAGCCUAAAAAGGCCCCUGCAAAGAAGAGAGAGAAGGUACCCAAAGGGAAAAAGGGGAAAGCUGAUGCUGGCAAGGAUGGGAAUAACCCUGCAGAAAACGGAGAUGCCAAAACAGACCAGGCACAGAAAGCUGAAGAUGCUGGAGAUGCCAAGUGAAGUGUGCAUUUUUGAUAACUGUGUACUUCUGGUGACUGUACAGUUUGAAAUACUAUUUUUUAUCAAGUUUUAUAAAAAUGCAGAAUUUUGUUUUACUUCUUUUUUUUUUAAGCUAUGUUGUUAG